AUGCAGGCGGUGCUGAGCCUCCUGCUGCCCUGCCUCCUGGCCCAGGUGUGGCUGGUACCCGGUUCCACCCCUGGUCCCCGCUCACCAGAGGCCCAGGCAGGACUGGAGACUCUGCCAACCCCCAGGGCCCAGACCGAGAGCAGCGAGGGGGCGCGGGUCCUGCAGGAGGACGAGGGCCCCCCCUGGCUGACAGCCGACUGGCAGAAGCUCUCUGGGGAGACCUCCAACUUGGGGUUCAGCCUGCUUCGUAAGAUCUCCAUGAGGCACGACGGCAACGUGGUCUUCUCCCCGCUCGGCCUGGCCUGGGCCAUGGCAGCCUUGACCCUGGGGGCCAGGGGACAGAGCAGAGCCCAGCUGGAGACGGGGCUCCGCCUGCAGGCCCUGAAUCAGACCCUGCCCGCCGUGAACCAGACCCGGCCCCCGCGCCUGCCUGCCCUCUUCAAGCAGCUCCGAGAAAGCCUGUCCCACAACCCAGAGCUGGGCCUGACCCAGGGGAGUUUUGCCUUCAUCCACGAGGACUUUGACGUCAAAGAGACCUUCCUCAAUUUCUCCAAGAGGUAUUUCGAUAUGGAGUGUGUGACUAUAAAUUUUCGCAACGCAUCCCAGGCCAAAGGGCUCAUGAAUCAUCACAUUAACAAAGAGACGCAGGGGAAAAUCCCCAAACUCUUUGAUGAGAUUAAUCCUGACACCAAAUUAAUUCUUGUGGAUUACAUCUUGCUCAAAGGGAAAUGGCUGACCCCUUUUGACCCUGUCCUCACCGAGACAGACACUUUCUACCUGGACAAGUACAAGGCAGUCAAGGUGCCCAUGAUGUACAGGGCAGGCAAGUUUGCCUCCACUUUUGACAAGAAUUUUCGUUGCCACGUCCUCAAGCUGCCCUACCGAGGAAAUGCCACCAUGCUGGUGGUCCUCAUGGGAAGGAUAGGUGACCACCUGGCCCUUGAGGACUACUUGACCACAGAUUUGGUGGACACGUGGCUCAGGAACAUGAAAACCAGAAAAAUGGAAGUUUUCUUUCCAAAGUUCAAGUUAGACCAGAAGUAUAAGAUGCAUGAGCUGCUGAAACAGAUGGGAAUCAGAAGAAUCUUCUCACCCUGGGCUGACUUGAGUGAUCUCUCAGUUACUGAAAGAAAUCUUAAAGUAUCCAAGGUUUUACAAAGAGCGAUGAUUGAGGUGGAUGAAGAGGGAACAGAGGCGGUGGUGGGAACCCUGUCAGAAAUCACUGCUUAUUCCAUGCCUCCCAUCAUCAAAGUGGACCGGCCGUUCCACUUCAUCAUCUAUGAAGAAACCUCCAGAAUCGUGCUAUUUCUGGGCAGGGUGGUGAAUCCGACUCUCCUGUGAUUGAUGACAUGCGCGAGUCCUUAGAGCCACAGCAGACGCUGGAUCUGAGGUGUCUGAACUUACACAGGACACUGGCACUGGGUGUCGCGCCCUUGUCCUCAGAUGCUAGCUUGAGCCAUCCUUAGAUAAAUCUGCGUAUUAAAUUCAAACUUAUUUUAAGGAGAUGUUUGUACAAGCUGUCUGGUAUUUUAAGCCUGUUUCUAAGAGCCUUUGUUAUUGACUAAAGACCAUCUUGGUAUCUGGACUUAAAACUAUGGUAGAUCAAAACUCUAUUUCAAGACGAAGCCUUUGGGAAGAAGACAAGUACACAUUCUCCAUGGGUCAUGAGCUUGGCUCUCUUUACUUCUCCCUAAUGCAAAUUAGUGUUUUAUUUUUAACCUACUAUAGAAUCAUUUCUUGGUGACUAAAAUUAGAAGAAAAUAGCCGUGGUCAGUCCUGCUGCAAUGUGGCUCCACCCACUCCGUGGAGCCGUUAACUGAGCCACAGAUCAUCCAGUUCAAUUCCUUCGUUUUACAAAGCAAAGAAAUGGGAAACCGGAGAGAGGGCCGCAGUAUGGCUUUCGUGGGCCCCAGGCACUUUUGUCUUCACAGGCUCCUCCCUCUGUAAAAAUAAAAUAUAUAUGUGUGUGUAUAAUAGAAAUUAUAUUUUAUGACUGCACUGGUAUAAAGAUGAAUAUACUCUGGGUUAUAUCUGUCCUUAUACCAGUGCAGUCAAAGCAUGGAACUUGCUUGUUGCAAGAAGUAAAACAUAUUCAUGGGCCCCUAAAAGUAUCGUGGGCUUGAGGCACUGUGCCUACGGCAUCUCAGAGGAAGGAAAACGUCACCCAGUGGAGCAAUGGCAGAGUCAGAAGCCUGCCUCUCCUGACUCCAGUCCCCAAGCCCAUUUCACUCUUCUUUCUGUCUACAACAUCUGAUGGGGUCCAUCCACUUCAACAGGCAGCAUGUGCUCACCUCUCAGUUACCCACUGUGGCUAGACGGAAUAUAAGCAUGGACUUUGUCCCAAGGUUCAAAGAAAAACAGCAAAUACUUUCUCAGCCAGUCAUUUUCUGUUAUAUAGACAAGAAAAUAUUUUAGGAGUAAUUUCAGAGAAUCGUGAAUAGAGUUAACUAAUCUUGGAAUGUCAACUAUGUUGACUAACGGCCUAAUUGGGUUUUUAUCUGUUUGCUAUCCAAUUUAAAUAUACUUAAAAUUAAUGUAUUGAUUAGUCAUCUUAUUACAAUAAGUCAGAGUUAUGUAAAUAGUACUUAAUGUGAAUAGGUAAUAAUAAUAAGCAGCAGUCUAGAGACUAACUCUUCAUCAUUCUAAAACCUGGAUAGGAGUUUAUUCCUGUAUUCCCUGCCAAGGGCACUAGCUGACAUUGGUAAGCCAGGCGACUCUAGAGCCUAGAAAGAAACAAAAAUAGAUGACUAACUGCAGUUGGCAUUCUUAAGUGAGUUGUUAGUAUUCAACUAAUGAGGUCCAUUUAUGGAAACAUAGCAGAAAGAAAUAAAAGAGGGCUCAAAUUACCCAUUUUUAAGAGAUGAAAUCUAAAAAUGAAAGCCUAUGAGGACACAAUACCCUCUGAAAUAAAUACGGCCAAACCCAGCUAUAAAAAAGGUUCAUUAUUAUCAAAGGAUUCAUAGAACAUACAUAUCAAACUCUCCCCUUAUCUCUGCCCAUAUUUGCACAAAACAAUCAUGGCAUAACAAUGAUAACUGACAUUACUCUUUAAGGUAGAAAAUGGCCCUAUUCGCUAUAAAAAAUUAAUAUUUCCCCACAUAUGCUUGAAGAAGCUCCAAGAACACUAGGUUUCAGAUUUUCUAAAUAUAUAUGCAUGGUGAAAAAAUGCAGACCAAUGAAAAAUGUACUUAAUCUUACAAAAAAAUUCAAGGUUUCAGCUGAGGGGGAAAAUUCUGAGCAUUGUAACAAUGCUUCACUAUAUUUAAGUGUCAGGUUUUAAAAACUGUUCCUACACACACACACACACACACACACACACACACACUCUCUCUCUCUCUCUCUCUCUCUCACACACACAUGCUAUAUAACAACUGAGAACAGAUUACUGACUUAGUUGAAUUCAUUUCAUCUUCACUGUAAAACCACUAGGGCCAAGCUAAAGAGACUGUUCCAUUUCAAUUCAAAUAUUUCACGUAUGUCCACUAACUGCAGGCAAAAUGGACUUACUCCUCCAGAAUAAGGUGUCUUUAUAAAGCUCAGGAAAUCAAGUAACGGAAAUGACUUUUAAAUGUGUAUGAGGUUAUGGAAGAAAAGCUCUAUAUGUUCCUCUGUAUUAAGUAAAAUGCUUUUUGCCUUCUCCAUUUCUGCCAGUAAAGUUGAUUCUACAGGUCUAUUUUUUUGCUUAUAACGCUAACUAGUGAAAUUUUGGAACAUGUCCUUAAAACUGCAAGUUUCCACAAUUAACAGAUAGAGAUGUCCUUAUUUCUCUGCAGCUACAGAUGGAGAUCUUUCCUUGUCACACAACUGGUUUAAAGGAACUAUUUGAUAAGUUGUUAAACGAAGAACUGUUAUAAGAGUAUGUCUUGUUUCCAGUGUAAAUCGAGAUAUAUGUGGAUACUCAUAACUGUCACCAAUUUGUUUCUUACUGUUUUUACAUAUCUGUCCUUGGAAGUAUAGUUUUAACAAAUAUUUCAGUGACUUUAGAAAUUAUCAUGUUCUGUGGAAAAAAAAGGAAACCUCCAAACAUAACGUUAAUUGACUGUCUUAAUUGAUAAUUUAGUGCCUAAGACUGCAGCUGACUUCUGUAGAUUUCUGAGCUCUAUAAGCAGUAGUGACUUUUCUCUGUCAAAUUGUUUUCCUCUUCUCCCACAUGCAUGGUGGAAAAUAAAAAGUUCCUAACUCU